AUGCCUUGUUUCAUCGGCAUCAUCCAGUUCCUGCGGUGUCGGCACUGCCUGCUCUUCAAGCUCGGUUGUACUAACAACUGCGAAGAGCUCUGCCCUACCGAAAAGCAGGUUCCGCUCGUCGCUACGAACUACCUGUGGCUAUGCGAAGACUGCCAUGAAAGAAAGGCCAACGUCAAUCUUGACGACCGAUGCAACGAAUGGGCAGAUCUAAUGAUGGACAUUCCCAAGGGUGAUGCGCAGCUUCACAGUAUGAUGGAAAAUGCGAUCCGUAGUCGCGAAAAGGCCGACGACGUAGCAUGCGAAAAGUCACGAGUUCAGUGCAAUGAAGAGAUCCAGUGGGUCGCUGAAUGGACACUCGAGUAUGGCCUUAUGAUCUACGAUGUUUUGUUCAAGCAGAUGUGGGAGCCGCAACGGGCCGCUGAAAGGAUACAGCAGUUGAGAGGCUUGCGUGUGUGGGAUCUCCUCGUCGUUAAAGAUGCCUUGCGGGGUCCAAAAGUCCUUUUCGAAGAGCAGUGGAAUGAAACGUACUGGUUCAUCAGUGGUGAACCAAUUCGCUGA